AUGGUCAACUUAAAUUGGCCAGAACGGAAGAAAAGCAAACCAACAACAGAAGCUAGUUCCAACAGAGAAAGAAGAGUUAUAAGGGAGACUAGUCAAAGGCCAAAAGCAACUAUCUCAGCUGGGGUGGUGCUCUGCAGCAAGUGCAAGUGUGAAACUGAGCUAGAAGUGGUUCUGGACAAGCAGAAUCAGCCCACACCUAGUGUUUUUGACAGGAUUGGAACCUCAUUCCAAGACAAAGCUAGGCAUAAGGACUAUCUUAGGCCUGCUCAAUAUAGCAGAAGAAAAAUAGAGCAGCCCAAGAAGGAAAUACCAAUUAAGAUACCCGGGAAUGAAAAGCCUUUGGCAACUAUCAUAGAAGACAGAUGGUAUUCUGUAGGGAAAAGUGGUAUACCAACUCUGGAAUUAACCAGAACUCAAAAGAUGAGGCCGCAAAAGCUGGUAAAAGCAGAAUCUCCAAGCAGGCCCUCUAUCCAUCUUGCCUCAUCCUCAGUCAAUCAACUUGAGCCUUCACAAGUACAAGAUGAAUCAGAACUUAUUCCAGUAGAAGAACAAGAAGACUGGACUGAAGAGUAUGAAGAGGAGCAGCUGGACUAUGAACCAUCUGCAGAUGACCAGAGCAGACUCCUCGAGACAGGAGAACAAGGAGACUGGACAGAAGAAUAUAGGGAAGAACAUAUGGGGUAUGAUGGAGAACUAGAUGAAGAAACUGAGGCUUUUGGUGCAGAAUUAGAGAGCCUGUUGCAAGGUGAUCUGGGCAUCAACAUGGUCUUCAUGUUGUCAGAAGAAUUCAUGGGAGCAGAAGGGCAAGAAAACACUCUGGAAGGAGAUGUUUUCUCCCAGGAAAGCUUUGAGUGCAGGUUGGCAGAAGUAGAAAAGGCACCAGAACAGCAAGCUCCUACUGCCAAAACAGGUAGAACUGCCAUGAAACUGACUGCAGAACAGCUUUGCUUCUCCAAACCAACCAAGGAGAUAGCCAAUCACCUCAGACCCUUGUUCAUAACAGCAAACUUUGGGUGUAUUCCUAUUCCCAAGGUCAUGGUAGAUGGACGUGCAACCAUUAAUCUUUUACCCCACAGAUUGUUGAGCAAGAUGGGCAUAACAGAGAAGGAUUUAAUUCCAACACGCUUAACUGUCACCAAUUUUGCUGGGGGCAUCACCAAGACUCAUGGAAUCCUGGAUGUGGAUGUCAUAGUUGGAACCAAAGAAUUGAAGAUUGAAUUUUUUGUGGUAGAUACCACUUCUACCAUUUACAAUGCAUUGCUUGGCAGAGACUGGAUUCACCAGAGCUUAUGUGUUCCUUCCACUCUACAUCAACAAUUACCCCUUUGGAAUGAAGAAGGUUACAUGGAGAUAGUAAAGGCUGAUCCACGGCCAUUUUUGCCAUCUGCCAUGUGUUUUGAGGCAAUGUAUUAUUAUGAUGACCUUGGGCCUUUCACCUUCCUUGGAGUCAACCAGAACGGCCGCCCCCAUGGUGUCACGGCCCAAAGACUCAUUGAAGAUGGUUUAGCCAGUUCUCUAGAGGACUGGAAUAGACCUUUUGUUCUAAACCUCCAGAAUUCUUAUGUUUAG